AAUCGAGUGAUUCAACUUUCAGUAGAAAGCUGACGCUGCAAGCUACAACAUAUCCGAUUUUCAGAUCGUUUCAUCGAUUGGAGUUUUGGAUAUAGCUUUUCGAAGGUCGCGAGUUUUCUAGGCGUCAUAACGAAGUGCUGCAGAAAUUUCCAAGGAGCCAUUGAAUCAUCUGCUUAUAGCCUUCUCUAACCAACAGACAUUACUGACUGCCCUUCCCUCAAACUUCACCGAGAACCCGACCAUGCCGACUCCUUGCACAAAAGAGGAAGCUCUCUCGGGGCCUUAUAAGAAGGAGUGGAAGGCAGCAAUGGAUGUGGAGAACGAGGCGUUCAUUCGCAACAACAGCUUUGACGAUGUUGUUCCCCCUUCCAGUGUCAACAUCGUCGGCGGAAAAUGGAUCUUCCGAGUCAAACAACUCCCAGGCAAAGCUCCACUGUUCAAGGCACGAUACGUGGCGAAGGGUUUCACCCAGAAGGAGUAUCUCGACUUCUUCGAAACAUUCUCGCCCACGGCCAAGCUCCCGACUGUGCGCACUCUUCUUGAUAUAGCCGCUCGCGGCAACUUCGAGAUCAAGUCCAUGGACGCCUCCUCUGCCUUUCUCCAAGGCCAGCUCAAGGAGGAUGUUCACAUGGAAUGCCCACCGGGGUUUCCUGGCACUUACCCUGCCAACACAGUGUGGAAGCUGAAGCGCCCAGUGUAUGGCCUCAAGCAGGCUCCUCGUGAGUGGCACAACAAGGUGAAGGAAGUCCUUCUCGCACUUGACUUCCAUCCCUCUGCCUCAGAUUCCAGUCUCUUCGUUCGUCACUCCUCCGAGCCCUUCUACAUCCUCGUCUACGUCGACGACUUCAUUCUAGCCACCAGAGAUCCAGCCGACAUGGCAGCUGUCCAGUCUGCUCUCAGCUCCGCCCUUCUCAUGAAGGAUCUUGGUGACCUCAAGAACUACCUGGGGAUGGAGAUCACUCGUGACCGCCAGGCUUGCACGAUCACCCUCUCCCAGGAGUCCUACAUCGACAACCUUCUCAAGCGGUUCGACAUGGACUCCAGUAACUCUGUCUCCACUCCACUCUCACUACAGCAUCAGCUUACGGCCCCUCCAGUUCCUUCUCCUGACGCCUGCAAGGACCCGUACCCUGAGCUAGUCGGUUCACUCAUGUAUGCCAUGAUGUGCACUCGACCAGACUUGGCAUACCCGGUUAGUGUCCUCUCUCGGUACGUCUCCCCCGGACGCUACACUGCCUCGCAUUGGUCUGCAGCGAAAAGGGUCCUCCGCUAUCUACAAGCCACCAAGUCUCACAUCCUCACUCUUGGUGGUACCUCUCCAGUCAAGCUCGAGGGAUACACAGACUCCUCAUGGGCCGAUGACCAGACUGACAGACGCUCCUCCCAAGGGUACUGCUUCACCCUUGGUAGCGGAGUCAUCAGCUGGCGCUCCACUCGGUCCUCUGUAGUCUCCCUGUCGUCCUGCGAGGCCGAGCUCUACGCGGGCACAAUGGCUGCUCAAGAGGCACGCUGGCUCUCCUUUCUCCUCGCUGAGUUAGGCUACCCCCAGCAGUCGCCCACCCUGUGGUGUGACAACCAGAGUGCCAUUCAUUUCACCAAGGAUCCUGUGUUCCACUCUCGCACCAAGCAGAUCGAACUUCAAAAAGUCCCAAAAUGUAUGGGAUGAAGUUCAAGUUUCUUACCGCUCAAACGCCUGGUGUGGCGGGGGCAGGGACAUAAUCAGCUCGGGGUGGCGCAAGAUUACAGACUGUUUUGCGUCGUUUUGUUGCGCAACUUUCGUUUUUGCUCUCGCUCCGAGGAACUGGGUUACCAAUCGGGAGGUUUCAAGAUUAAUAAACUUGAAAUAAAUUUUCUGCAAUUUG